AUGCCGACCCGAAUGUGCAACAUCACGCCUCUUCCGCGCGAGAUCUCGCGGGAGACGGCGGUGUCGAUGCUUCACGACCACUCAGCGAUGAUCGAGUUGAACCCUCUCGUUCUUCGCCACGAGAUUUGCGAUAGCCCUCCGAGCGCCACGCCUGAUGAGGCCGAGCAUAUGACCUGGUACACCAUAACAGACAAGAUCAAUUAUCUGCCAGGAGGUCUAUACUCUUCGGAGGUUUCGUACAAGGCUGGCUUCUACGACUUGCCCGUAGGACUGCAGACCCAUGUGUUCGCACCUGCAGGUGUAGAUAUCAAGAGCAAGUGGAGUGUAUGUGGUAACGCUCCCGGGGAGCCCAGAGAGCCUCCGGAGCUCGGUGUCAAUGCGCCUAGGGAUGGUCUUUACAUCAAGGAGGAGCUGGAUCUGCGCUGCAACAUGUUCAUGACUGGCUUCAUCAAGUCGAAUAUAAAGAAAAGCCACGGCGUGGCUGUGAAGAAGAUUAUCGAAAGAGCUGGGAUGAUGGCACCGCCACCAAAUCGCGAAGCCACUUCAGCAGCACAAUCGGGAGUUACCCCAUGA